AUGCUUUUUUAUGUUGAAUACUCUGAAGAAAAUGCUAAAAAAAAUGUGAAAAGAAAAUUGAAGACCUUGUUGAUUCUCAACUCUUCUAUUGUAGAAACUGAAAGUCAAGUGAUUCAAUUCAUAAACGAAGUAUAUCUACCUGAAGAGCCCCAUAAUACCAAUAUUUAUGACAUCAAAUUGGUAUAUACCGCUGAAAUAUAUGAUACGGUCAGAAAACAUGCAGCUAUAUUUGAAAAUAAGGCUGUGUUAUCAUUUUCAAGAUGGUGUUCAAGUCCUCGUGUGUCAUUUCUGAGAGUUGAAGAAGAACAAAAAAUAACAUUCGAUAUUUUGUUAACCAAUUUCUUGGUAGAUGACAUAAAAUCAGCAGUUUGCCAAUUUUUACCUCUGUAUCAGGAGACAAUCAAGAAUCUAAAAAAAAAAGAGUUUGAAAUAGUGGGAUAUGCUCGCAAGUCCCCUUCAAACGAUAAAGAUGAAAAAAGAGUGAAACUUCUGCAGAAAAUGGUGGACAACUUGCAGAAUCGCUCCUUGACAACCAGAGUAUAUGCCUCUUUUUCCAGUUCCGCAUCCACUCCUUUCAGUGAAAGAGAUACUACGAAUAAUAAAUCCAUGAUUGCAAAGUUAAACAAUGUGAAAGGAGAUACUCAAGACAACGAAUGGACCGCGGGCGAAGAGAUCAACCGAUCCAUUUUACCAAAGCUUAAGUCAUACACAGUGGACACGGCCCAAGUGGUCACUGUCAUCUACAAGAGUUUAGGCACUCCGAAACUACGGAAGACCAGCAACUGA